AUGGCAGAGCAACUUUAUGAAUGCAUUAUUCCUGAACAUGAGAAUUUGGUGAUUCAAUUAAGUUUCCCUGUUGAAUAUCCAGACCUGAAACCAUGGUGUGUUCAGGCAGUUAGUCAUAAUCAAGCAAAAUACCUGGAUGCUUUAUACAUUGAGAGGAAUGUUAAUGAAGUUAUUGAUAGGCUUUUCGUACCUGGAAUGGUAGUAUUGUACGAACUAUUUGAGGAAUUGCAAGUAUUUUUAGAGAAGUAUAAUGUUGAGGAGGUGUACCAAAGCAAAGAAACCAGUCCUCAAAUACCAGAACUGAACGAUAGAACAAGUGAAAUAGAUGCUCAAGCAAGCAAAUUAUCUAAACAUAUGGAGAUAUUGACCACUGAAGUAUAUGAACCUACAGCAUUGUGGAUCAAAUCCGAACCCAUUCUAGAUAGAGGAUCUACUUUUAUAGCAUUUGCCAGAGAGGUAAAUUCCGUCGAGGAAGCAAAGGAAUAUCUUGAUGAUUUAGUAACAGAUAAAAAGAUUUCAAGAGCUGCUCAUAAUAUCUCCAGUUGGAGAAUCAAGGGGGAGAAUGGUGUACAAUAUCAGGAUUGUGAUGAUGAUGGUGAAACGGCUGCUGGAGGUCGUCUUUUACAUUUAUUAACGGUGCGUAUCAUUUAUUCAAGCUUGCUAUGUGAGAUGAUGAAUGCUUGGAACUUGAUUGUUGUAGUCAGCAGAUGGUUUGGAGGUAUUCAUAUUGGACCUGAUAGAUUCAAACAUAUUAACUCUUGUGCUCGUGAAGCAGUAUUGAAAGGAUCUUUCACCAGUGAUUCUGCCCUUAAGAUAAAUACCGAAGCUACAGGGAAGCUCAAAAAGAAAAAAUAA